AUGGCACAGAGAGAGGAAGAGAUAUCUCGACUUUGGAGGGAGCGCGUAAGUUUUAAAGAAGAAGCUUUUAUACAUGCCAAGGCUUUAACAACUGAAGUUGAAAAAUUGAGAGUAGAGUUGGAGUUACAAAUUGAACGAAACCAAAAAGAAUAUUCAGAAAGCCUAGCCAAGAUGGAAAAUCUAAACGCAAAGUUAGAAACAAGGGUGGCAGAUCAGGAGGAAAUGAUAAAGAAGCUAACAGAAACCACUGAGCAAAUAAACGCAGAAAACAAACAAGCCAAGUCUUGGUCGAGUAAGGUGGAGUUAUGUCAGCAAUCAUCUGAAAGGAAAAUGGAAGAUUUGGCAGAGAAGUUCCAAAAGAUAAUGGAAGACAACAAUCGCGUAUUGAACCAAAGGAUUCAUGUGGUGAAACAACUGAAUAACGAAAACAAAGAGAGUCACAAAAUGACAAAAAGGUACGAGGAAGAUAAGAAAAAGCUUGGAGAGAGAAUUGAAUCUUUACCAAUAGAGGUUAAUCUAAAAGGGUUAGAACUUGGUGCACUAAAUUUGGCUGUAGGGAAGCUUGAAGAGCGUAAAGAUCAUGUUUUGGGGCUUGUGUCUAAAAUGUUGGGGGAAGUUGAGUUUGCAAAGGAUUGGGUAAGGGAGGGAAAAAAUGAAACAAAAGAGCUAAAAGACAAGGUGGAUUGGCUUACAAUGUUAUUGGAUGAGAAAAAAGAGCAAGAGAAGUUGUUGAGAAAGAAUGUGUGGAAGUUAGAAGCUAAGUUGAGCAAAGAAGGUGGGGAGAAAUUAAACCUCAUGAAAGUUGUGAAACAACUUGAAAGGAAAGUGUCAAAGUUGGAAAAGAUUCUUAGAGACAAGGAUGAGGAGUUGGUUAGCAUUGCAGAGAAGAAGCGCGAAGCAAUAAGGCAACUUUGUUUUCUUAUUGAGUUCCAUCGCAAUCGUUUUGUUUAUCUAAAGGAAUCGAUGUCAAAGAGAGGGGUUAAUGACAAAAAAUGA